AUGGACGUGAGCCUCCCCCAGGUGGAGAGGGGGGUUUCCAAAAUCCUCGGCGGCGGCCCCAAGGGCAAUAAUUUUCUUUACACCAAUGGCAAGUGCGUCAUCAUAAGGAACAUCGAUAACCCAGCCCUUGCUGACAUCUACACGGAGCAUGCCCAUCAGGUGGUGGUGGCCAAGUACGCGCCCAGCGGAUUCUACAUCGCCUCUGGAGAUGUGUCUGGGAAGCUGCGGAUCUGGGACACCACGCAGAAGGAGCACCUCCUGAAGUACGAGUACCAGCCUUUCGCUGGGAAGAUCAAGGACAUUGCUUGGACAGAAGACAGUAAGAGGAUCGCCGUGGUCGGGGAAGGAAGGGAGAAGUUUGGAGCCGUCUUCCUGUGGGACAGUGGCUCUUCUGUGGGCGAGAUCACGGGACACAACAAAGUCAUCAACAGCGUGGACAUCAAGCAGACCAGGCCAUACCGGCUGGUGACAGGCAGUGACGAUAACUGUGCCGCCUUCUUUGAGGGGCCACCAUUCAAAUUCAAGUUUACCAUUGGCGACCACAGCCGCUUCGUCAACUGCGUGCGCUUCUCUCCCGACGGGAACAGAUUUGCUACGGCCAGCGCUGACGGCCAGAUACACAUCUACGACGGGAAGACGGGAGAGAAUGUGUGCGCCCUGGGCGGGAGCAAGGCUCACGACGGAGGCAUUUAUGCUAUUAGUUGGAGUCCUGAUAGCACUCAUUUGCUUUCUGCUUCCGGAGACAAAACCUCGAAAAUUUGGGACGUCAAUGUGAACUCGGUCGUCACCACGUUCACCAUGGGCUCCAACGUUCUGGACCAGCAGCUGGGCUGCUUGUGGCAGAAGGACCACCUGCUCAGCAUCUCCCUGUCUGGGUACAUCAAUUACCUGGACAAAAACAAUCCCAGCAAACCCCUGCGGGUCAUCAAGGGUCACAGCAAAUCAAUCCAGUGCCUGACGGUGCAUAAAAACGGCGGCAAGUCCUACAUCUACUCCGGGAGCCACGACGGACACAUCAAUUACUGGGAUUCCGAGACCGGGGAGAACGACUCCUUCACUGGGAAGGGCCAUACGAACCAGGUGUCCAGGAUGACCGUGGACGAGUCCGGGCAGCUGGUGAGCUGCAGCAUGGACGACACGGUGCGGUACACUAACCUCACGCUGCGGGACUACAGCGGACAGGGGGUGGUGAAACUGGACGUUCAACCCAAGUGCGUGGCUGUCGGCCCUGGAGGAUACACGGUGGUUGUGUGCAUCGGGCAGAUCGUCCUGCUGAAGGACCAGAAGAAGUGCUUCAGCAUCGACAGCCCCGGCUACGAGCCCGAGGUGGUGGCGGUGCACCCCAGCGGGGACAUGGUGGCUGUCGGGGCCACGGACGGGAACGUCCGCCUGUACUCCAUCCUGGGCACCUCGCUGAAGGACGAGGGCAAGCUCCUGGAGGCCAAGGGCCCCGUGACUGACCUGGCCUACUCCCACGACGGCGCCUUCCUCGCCGUGUGCGACGCCAGCAAGGUGGUCACGGUCUUCAGCGUUGCCGAUGGCUACGCGGAGAACAAUGUGUUUUACGGACACCAUGCAAAGAUCGUCUGCCUGGCCUGGUCACCAGACAACGAGCACUUUGCCUCCGGGGGCAUGGACAUGAUGGUGUACGUCUGGACCCUGAGUGACCCCGAGACCAGAGUCAAGAUCCAAGAUGCACACCGGCUCCACCACGUCAGCAGCCUGGCCUGGCUGGACGAGCACACGCUGGUCACCACCUCCCACGAUGCCUCUGUCAAAGAGUGGACAAUCAGCUACUGAGGACCCGCCUCCGCACGGCCGAAUCAGGGACUGGAGUUCAAGUGCAGCAGAACACAGCCUUCCUCUAACUCUGUACCGCCCCGGCCCGCCCCGGAGCAGGGCCCACCCCGAUGACCCUCGUCUCUGCAGGGUGUUCGUAUCUAUACACGUCCUUCUGAAAGCUUUAGACAGUGACAGUUUGCACAUGAGAAAUAAAGUGAGCACUUAAACAGUGUGUGGAGCGUAACUCAACCCACCCCCAGCGCAGCCCGGGGCACAUUCCAGAGGCAGCGCCUCCAAAGCACACAGCCCGCUCCUGGGGCUGCUGCGUGUCGGGGAGGUGAGUCCCAGCCCCCCUGCCGGCGGGCUGCACUGGGAGGGGGCACCUGCGCUCAGCGAGGCCCAGUGCUGUGGCCCAGAUGUCACGCGGUCACUCACUGCGUGAGCCACGCUGUGCGUCGCCCCCAGAAGGCCUCGAAACAGACGGGCCCGCGGGACCUCGUAUCCACCCUCGGUUUUUGUGCUUGAUUUUAAGAAUGAACCAUGAUGGUUUUUUGUUUUUCUCUUUUUUUAGUUUUUUUUUAAUGUGUCUUAACUGUUGCCUGUCUUGUUUACUAGCUAUUGGGUUGAGGGUGAUGUCUCCAGAAGCCCUUGUUAGUAGACUGAGGUGUCCUGGUCCCCAUGCCACUGUCAUCCUUCCAUGUUUUCCUUUCUCUCCCCUCCCGCCCCCAAAGCAAAGGUUAAUUUAAAGGUAAAGAUGAGUCGCUGUAAGCUGUCAUCGUCGCACCUUUUCUUUUUCAGUGCAGAAAUUAAAGUGACAUCAGCACGGUGACUUGGAGUUUUCUUGCGUGUGUUGGAAUCACUGGUAAAUGCUGCUGAGAGCAAUCCCUCCCCCGCACUUGUGAAAACACUGAGCGCUUUACGAGAUUAGAGCGAGAGAUGAUUAAAUAUCUUUUCUCUUCA